AUGUCCUCUUCAAAGUAUGCUGAUCUGCCAGACAUUGUGAGUAGCCGCGACGUCGAUUCGACCCACGCUCACUGCGUCUCACCAGUCGCUUCACGUUUCCCCCAGGACACAUUCUCUCCCGAUGUGUUCGAGACGUCGAGCCCCGAUUCACCGAGCGGCGCCGCUCAAAAGAUCCGCGGAGUUACCCCAAGCUCAUCCUCCGGCUCCGAGUCUGACGAUCCAGACGCCAGCUUUGUCAGCGCAACGGAUCGGCCUAGCAAACGAAAAGGAGGGGGAGCGGGCGGAGCGAACGCAUUGCCAAGCAGCAGCUCUUUGAGUGGACUUGCUACUGCAAAGAAAGCCGGCAGGACGGAAGAUGCGGGGCACGAGGCGAUAGAAGCGAUCGAGAGAUCAAGAAUGAAUGUGGGAGAAGCUACUAGAUGCUUCAGGCAGGGGACGGGGGCGGACGCUAGCGGUGUAGGUGAGUGCGCACGUCAUGAUCCCAAGCUCCAUUUGCCCGAAUGCCGAGCCUGCUCCUCAUCCGAUCUUCCAUGCAGACUUUUCCGAUCAGCUGCCAUCCGCUCGUCGAAAGAGGGCGCAAAAGUACCCCCCUAAGUCUGUCUUGGAAGUGGGCUACUACGGACAGGAAAGGGCCGGGCUUAGAAGCUAUCAGAGCGUCUCGCCCGUCGGCUCGGCUUCCGAGAGCCGAGCAGAGAGGUUGCAGAGGUUGAAGAUGGAGUCGGAAGAGUUGGAAAGGGAACUCAAAGAGGAGCAAGACUCACGAGGGCAAGAGUGGUCUGAUUCGAACAAUGCGUCAGAGCAAGAGCGCGGAAGGGAGAGAGGGCAAGGAGCAGAUGCUCGCAUGUUGGAUCAGCUCAGACAACUCAAAGGAGAUCUCAACCGCUUCGAUGGCAUCUUGUCUGGCAAAAGAGCGAGUGAUUCACUGGACGCUCAAGCUUGGCAGACACAGGCUAGGACUUUGUUGGGGCAGCUGAAAGAAAUGAAUCUGGCGGAUGCCCGAGGUGUCGCAAGCGUAGGCGACACGAGUGCGCGGAUCAAGCCGCACAACGUCGGCGCGUCGUCGGAGCUGGCAGCAUUGGAGAGCAGACUGCACGAAUUGGAACAGCUGGUAGGAGUGGGAGCCUUGCUUGAAAGCGUGAGUAGGCGAUCUGGCUACAGCGGUUGAACUGUGCGCCCAUUUGGCUCACAGACGUAGCUACCGUUUCGCCCUCAGUCCGAAAGCCCGCCGCAUCCCCUACUGCCUACGCUCUCACGCGUCGAGCACCUCGUGACGCUCUUGGCCCACCCGCGUCACCUAGACUCGAUCUCUCGUCGUAUCAAGGUUCUUGUCUCCGAGCUCGAACGAGCGCAAGAAGCUCGUCGAAAGUUGGGAUUCAGCGCUUCCAUUUCGAAUGUGGGUCAAGGUGGAGUUCUGAGCGGCACGGCGGCAGAGCAGCAGCAGCAGCAGCAUCGCGAUCAAGGGGAUGAAGAUGCGGCAGGUGAUGCCCAAAAGUCAGGCUUGUCCUUGGACCAAAGGAAAAGGUUGGACAGCUUGUUUCCGGUCAUGGAAAGGAUCGAUGGACUUUUACCCCUCAUACCGGCCAUCCUGAGUCGGUUGCAGACUCUGCAAGAUCUGCACUCUUCAGCCGGAACAUUUGCCAAGGAUCUGGAUGGGCUGAGAGAAUCGCAAAACGCUUUGGGAGCUGGUGAGACGGAUCUGAGAACGCUGUUGAGUGGGGUGAGGGAUAGUUUGGAGAGCAACGGGAUGCGCGUGCAAGGCAAUCUGCAGAGUGUCGCACAGAGGUUGGACGACUUGCAAGCGAGGGUGCAGAGGCUGGGCUAA